CGCUCAGUGUAGCAACCGCUAAAAAACCAGGAGAAGAAGAAGCUAUGACAAGCCCAACAUUAGUCAUAAAUGUCACCAGGAACAGGUGAGGAGAGCGAAUCCAGUGGAAAGGUUGCUGUUCAGAUGAGGAGGACUUGCCUGGUCGACCCUGUGUGUCGCCCCCCGUUGCUAUGGCAACGUCAUACUUCCCCACAUUCCUCCUCCUCCUCUUUCUGUCCUCCGUCACCCUCUUGCUGGUGACCCUCCUGCCCUCCGUCGUGCCAUCCGUUCCCUAUCGUUCCUCCUCCUCCUCUCCUCCCUCACCUUGGACGUCACAGUCAUGCGGUCCAGGUCAGUCCUGGGCCGUCCGGCUCCACGCUGGCCCACAUCACGAGGAGGAGGAGGACGGCGAACCGAGCUCUGUGCUCUUGGAUUUAGUUGCCAACAAGGUAGCGGAGCAGGCCGGUCUGCAGAACCUGGGCCAGAUCGGACAGCUGGAAGGCCACUACCUGCUGUGUUCUGUAAAGCCUGGCACCGGAUCUGCCGGAAGAAUUUGGAAGAGAAGCAUCCAGCCCGGCAACGUUCUGGCAGCCCACCCUCACGUCCUGUGGUACUCCCAGGAGACGGUGCUCAGCCGCUCGAAGAGAUCGAUGGCCUUCAACGAUCCCAAAUACCCCAAACAGUGGCACCUGCACAAUGACGUCAAUAAGGGCAUGGAUAUCAACCUGACAGGGGUGUGGGAGCGCAACAUAACCGGCCAGGGAGUCACGGUGGUCGUGGUGGACGACGGGGUGGAGCAUACGCACCAGGACAUUCAGCCCAACUACAGUCCAGAGGGAAGUUACGACCUGAACUCCAAUGACCCGGACCCCAUGCCUCACCCCGACGUCCACAGCGACAACCACCACGGGACCCGAUGCGCCGGAGAGAUCGCAGCCGUUCCCAACAACAGCAUCUGCGCCGUGGGGGUGGCGUACGGCAGCAAGGUGGCAGGUAUCAGAGUCCUGGACGGCCCACUGACUGACAGCCUGGAGGCCAUCGCCUUCAACAAGCACUACCAGGUCAAUGACAUCUACAGCUGCAGUUGGGGUCCAGAUGACGACGGCCGCACUGUGGACGGACCUCAUCCUCUGGGCAAGGCGGCGCUGCAGCACGGUGUGAUCGCGGGCCGACGAGGCUUCGGCAGCAUCUUCGUGGUCGCCAGCGGCAACGGGGGCCAAUUCGACGACAACUGCAACUAUGACGGCUACGCCAACUCCAUCUACACCAUCACGAUCGGAGCUGUGGAUGAGAACGGGAGGAUGCCCUUCUACGCUGAGGAGUGUGCGGCCAUGUUGGCUGUUACUUUCAGCAGCGGGGGGAGCAAGCUGAGGAACAUCGUGACGUCAGACUGGUCCCUGCAACACGGGACGGGCUGCACUGAAUACCACACCGGGACGUCUGCCGCGGCCCCCCUAGCGGCGGGGAUGGUGGCCCUGAUGCUGCAGGUCCGGCCCUGCCUGAGCUGGAGGGAUGUCCAGCAUAUCAUCACCUUCACCGCCACCAAGUGUGACAAUAGUGCAGACUGGAGGGUGAAUGGAGCUGGUUUCCAUCACAGCCACCAGCAUGGCUUCGGUCUGCUCAACGCAUGGAGGCUUGUCAACGCCGCCAAGGUGUGGGAGUCAGUGCCGUUCCUCGUGUCCUAUCAGAGCGCUGUGAUUAAAGAGGAAGUGACCAUCCUCACCUACCCUGACGAGCUGGUUCGCACCUUGAACGUCUCUGCCGCUGACCUGAGACAUUCCGGAAUGGAGACGCUGGAGCAUGUGACCGUUACUGUGACGAUAACCCACCGUUCCCGCAGCAACGUGGAGAUUGUGCUGGUCUGCCCCAGCGGGAUGACGUCAGUCAUCGGGGCUCGCCGUGCUGUCGACAACGACCCUGCAGGAUUCCAGGACUGGACUUUCUCCACUGUGCGCUGCUGGGGAGAGAGAGCUGAGGGCCAGUACACCCUCAGGAUAUCAGACCACCAAGAGCCGUCGUCUAAACAGUUUGUGGGGGUGUUAAAUCAGUGGAAGAUGACCCUGUAUGGCUCCUCUAUGACUUUCAGUGAGGUCAAGGAAAGACAGAGACUGGUGGAGGAGGCGAUGAGCGGCAAAUACCUGGACAGCAGCUUCUCUCUGCCCUGCCCUCCAGGCCUGGACAUCCCUCCAGAGAUCAUCAACCCGUUCACCUCCAAUAACCUCAAGGUAAACUCGGCAGCAGCACACCAAAACACGUCUCCAGUGUCUCUAGUUCCUGCUGUUGCUGGGCUGCUUUGCUCUCUUCUGGUCUCUCUACUACACCCUGGAGGUGACGCUGGCCCACCUGGACCUCAGGGGCCUACUGUGCCUGCGCAGGAGAUGGGGACGUCACCGGGCCAGGAGGGGGCGUCGAGGGAGAGUGGCGGAGGACGCCCUAGAAGAGGAGGAGGUGGAGGACGGGGUGGAAGACGAGGAGGAGGAGGACUCAGGGGUGGAGCUGCAGGCGGUGCUGGACUCUGAGGCCAAAACGCCGCUUCUCACCGGAGAGCAGCUGGUAACAUAGCACCAGGGUGGGUGGGUUUAAAAUCUCUCACCAUCUUUGCUAAAGGGACGUCUCAGGCUUUUACCCUCCUCUCCUCCCCCACCCACCUACCUGUACUGCUUUUAACACCUGUGGUGAUAGGGCAUCACAGAACGGACUGCAGACCACAACGAGUGGACUCCUUGUCCUUCUCUGCAUUCCCCAAAACAUGUGGCCUUGUAUGAAAAUCAAGAUGUGUUGUGCUGUGACAGUGUGUGUGUGUGUGUGUGUGUGUGUGUGUGUGUGUGGUGUGUGUGUGUGUGUUGUUGUUGUUGUUGUUGCACACCUGUCCCUGAAACAAAAUGACGACAAUCCUCUAAAGUGAGGAUGUGUUUUCAGUCCUGAGGGUUAUAACUCCCAUCAGAAUUAGCUUGAUAAGUUGUGACCUCACCACCAAGUAAAAUACUGUGUCCAGGUCCAUCUUUGCCGAAGUUCUCCUGUUUUCAAGAUGUCGCAGUGCUGUGCCCCAUGUUGUUUGAACAGAGUCCAUAAAAAAUAUUCAGGUACCAAUACUGCUUUCCUUACGACGAAAAGAGAAGAGGAAAUGGUUGCAGUUAAGUUCCAAUUUUUAAAUGAGUGAAGGAAACACAGUUUGAUGCUAGCAGGUGCUAAUAAUAGCUAGCUAACCUAGCUAGCAUUAGCACCCACUAGUAAAAGCGGGUACCCCUCAUAUAAGCGUUUGUUUUCACCCUAGCUGGGCGAAGAUAGCUCGCUAGCAGCAGCACAGAAAAGGACUGACAACCAAAACACAAAGAUAUGUGCUUAUAGCAAGAAUCACCCUGUAAAACCCAUAGCUUUUAUCAGAUACAAGCUUUUACCGGCGGCUGCUAACCAGUACAAACAUUAGCUAGAUUAACUAGCUAACAUUAGCACCUCCUGGCGCCUACUUUGUUUUUCUUUAUUUGUUUAAAAACUUAAACUUAUCAACUGCAAACAUUUCCUCCUCUAUUUCUUGAACAAGAAUGACAACUGAAUAACAGAUCUGUUAAAACAAAACAGGACAUAUCACUGCAACAUCUUCAAACCGGAGAGUGUCAUCAAAGUUGGACCUGGAAACCGUAUUUUUAUUGGUUGAGACGUUAGCUUAAGAAGCGGAUUAAGUUAAAAUUAGAGUAAAGGUCAGGCGUGAACUGGAGAGGGACCUAACAAAGGUGCCAGUAUAAUUGCAUGUUUGCAUGUGUGUGUGUGUGUGUGUAUGGAGAUAAAUUUUCCUUAAAACUGGAAUUAAUUCUCUUUAAACUCAAUCUUUCACAGAGGAACUGAGCUUAUAGGUUGAUGCAGUUCCCCCAGAGAAAGAUAAAAACGAUGAUGAUGAUGUGCACUAGAGAAAGGUACAAAUCUUGUGUGUGUGUGUUUGUGUGUGAAUGAGUGAGUUUGUAUGUAUGUGUGCGUUGGAAUAGGCAAGGUCUUCCAUGAAAAAGUGUCCUCAAAUGUGAGGUUUUAAGAGGGGUACUGUAUUUUAAGAAUAAGAUUUAUUUUCUGAGGUGUUUCUGGAUUUUUAAGACUGGGGUUAUCAUCCAACUACUGAGAAAAACUUGAAGUGGGAUUUUCAAGUGUGGGAUUUGCAUUUGUAAUUUUUUUUUUUUUUUUUUGUAAAGCGUAAUAUAUACACAAUGUGUGCCUGCUGUACAGAUGUAUACCAACUGUGUUCCAUGAUUUGUACGAAGUGUUUUUAAGAAUGUAUUAAAGAGUUUAAUUUUUUAAAGUAAAGGAGUGUUUGGAGUGAAGCUGGAAACUUGUGUUUUGCUGUGCAAGUCACAGGUGAUGUGAAUGAUAAUAAAAGGCUACUGAUGGAAUAUCUUA